AUGAUGCGAGCAGGAAGACUCGAGGACUAUUUGCGUCAUCGCGCUGAGGAACGUGCAGAGGAAGAAGCCUUUCAAGAAGCCGCCAUUCGUCAUUACGAGGAAGAGGAAAGAAUGAUGUUGCUGGAAGAAAAAGACAAGUGGUCAUUUUACAAAGGAAGCAAGAUCUUAUGGGACCAUUUGGACGAAACUCGUACCAUGGAGUCGGUCCUCCGUUUGCAGUACAAGUGGAAGCAACCUCUUUUUGAUUGGUUGAACAAUGAGUUGGGUGGACUCACUUCGCUCCACUGGUUCAACGUUACGUCAUUUGGACCAAACUUUACUUCGUAUGAUGGAUGGCCAUUUCCUGCCGAUUGGCGUGGUUGGGCAACUUGUGACUCGUUGAAGAGAAGGUGGACUGAUGGCAGCAGCAAUUCUGAUCGAAAGGUAUUGACCAACAAGGAUGCCAUUUUCGUGAUUUUCAACAAAAUCAUCAACCAUCGCGAACUGCUGAUUGAUGUCUGUAACGCCAGUCUGAAGAGUGCUGGCAUCUGGACACACGAGAUGAUGCAACAGUGA